AUGGACGAUUCAGAACGCGGUCAAGAAGCAGUGCGGCGUUUCAGAGCGUCUCACGGCUGUGAAGCGAGGGCCAGAGAUACUGGCAUGGAGAAGCUUCUGCCGAAUGUAGCAACCGAAAUUGGCGAUGCACCGCAGAUCACGGGUGGUUGGCUUUACGUUGUGCGUCAGGUCUUGGACCGGAAAUGUCAGUCAAAGGUUGCCCGUUCUUCUGGAAGGGGAAAGCGAAGGCGAACGUAUCGCCGCUCCGACGCCGGCGGCGGAACCAACGGGGGGGAGAAGAAAGGAUGCUAA